AGACUGAGAAACAGGAGUUGAACAAGUCACCUGCCUUCAAGGUAGCUACAUCAAGUCAAACCUUGGGGGAAAUCUUUGUGAAGAAGUGCUUAGUACUUAGGUAGAUGGGGGCAGCAAGGACAGCCAAAAGGACAACCGGAAGCAGCUCGGGUCUGGAGGGAGAGAAACUGUCUGGGCUGUAGGCUUGUUUGUCCAGAAAUCAAGGAAAAACAUAGGGGUGGGACCCAAAGAGGAAUGCCUUCAAGUCUCUAAGUGAGAAAUCAAUGCAGCUGCUGGUGAUGCAACACAGCAGGGGUUCCAGAUGUUAGGGAAGCAAUUGACAGGCCGAUGGGAGGGAACUCAGUGGAGGGGAGGGAAGCCUGGAGACCUUGGCAGGACCUGGUAUUCUGAGAAUGUGGUAGAGCAGGAGGAGGUGCAGUAAAUUCUAGCAGUGGAGGCAGGACACCAGGGUUCUAUUCCCAGCUUUAACGCAGGACCUUGGAUGUGUCACAUCUUUUGCUGAACUUCUCCUUAAUCAUAAGACCUAAAAGCCUCCAGAGCUACAUUUCCAGUCUAAAGACUCGCCACAGGAGACUUCAGCCUUUGAAGGCUGAUGACCUGAAACACACGGGGAAGUCACCAGUCUGCUAGAGACUGGGAACAAGAAAGCAGACAGGUGGGUGGGAGGUCAGAGAUGGAGCCCAGGGACAGACGCAAGAGUCUAAGUAGGAGGAAAUGGGGAACCAAGGGGAUUGGUUUGGCAAUCCCAUUUCCAGUUCCCCCUUCUUGCUCUUCCUAACCUAGUCUCACCUUAUUUGGUGAGGGCAGGAAACACAGGCUGGCCCAUCACUUACCCUCCCGCCCGUCCCCUGUUCCCCUUCGCAGGCCCAAAUAACAUCCUUAUACCGUCCCUGGUGCUUGCCUGCCUUCGGUCAGAGCAGUACCCAGGGGACCAGAGCAAGGGGAGCAGUGCUGGCGGUCUUCUUGCUUACCCUGCGCACAGUUACCACUUUCGGAACCCUCCCCACGUGUACGCAACCGUGCUGGGAACGUAAAUGUAUCACUUUCUUUACAGCCGUCCAUGGGGGGACUGUUGCCUCGUUUUACCCGUGAUGAAACGGAGGCCAAGUUUUAAGUCAUCGACCCAACGUCACCCAUCUGCGGCUUGCCGGUGCAGGCUUAGAAGUGAAGCACGAUUUCCAAGCCAGAGCUUCCUGUCGAGCUCCUGUGCCCUCCUAGGGACUCCGGCCGCUGAGGACCUCAUCUUGCAACGCUACCUUUCGGAUCCAAAAGCUUCUUCGCGAGGAGCGAGCCCACGUGACCUGCCUUUAGGUUUCCCCGCCUUCGCCUGGCCCCGCCCCGCUCUCCGCCCGGCCCUCCCGGGAGCCCCGCCCCACAGGCAGGUGGCGCGCGGGCCCGGGGGCGUGGCCCGGGGGCGUGGCCGGAAGCCUUAAAGCGGCCCGGGAGCCGGGUGGGCGGUCCAGAUCGAGGGCAGCGGCUACUACCUUGUGGCCUCCAAGGCGGGUGCGGCGUCGGCCACCAUGUCCCUGGCGGCCUCAGCGGGCCGGGGCCUGGGGACCAUGUGGUCCCCAACUCACGUGCAGGUGACGGUGCUCCAGGCGCGGGGCCUGCGGGCCAAGGGUCCCGGGGGCACGAGCGACGCGUACGCGGUGAUCCAGGUGGGCAAGGAGAAGUACGCCACGUCGGUGUCCGAGCGCAGCCUGGGCGCGCCCGUGUGGCGCGAGGAGGCCACCUUCGAGCUGCCGCCACUGCUGUCCUCGGGGGCCGCGCCCUCGGCCGCCGCCGCCGCCGCCGCCACCCUGCAGCUCACCGUCCUGCACCGCGCGCUGCUCGGUCUCGAUAAGUUCCUGGGCCGCGCCGAGGUGGACCUGCGCGAGCUGCACCGAGACCAGAGCCGCAGGAAGACGCAAUGGUACACCUUGAAGUCCAAGCCAGGAAAGAAGGACAAAGAGCGAGGGGAAAUUGAGGUCGAUAUCCAGUUUAUGAGAAACAACAUGACUGCCAGCAUGUUUGACCUCUCCAUGAAAGAUAAGUCUCGGAGUCCAUUCGGAAAACUGAAGGACAAGAUCAAAGGGAAGAAUAAGGAUAGUGCAUCGGACACCGCGUCUGCCAUCGUCCCCAGCACGACACCCUCGGUCGACAGCGAUGAUGAGUCUUCUUCCUCAAAAGACAAGAAAAAGAAAUCAAAGAUUAAGACUUUGUUUUCCAAGUCGAAUUUGCAGAAGACGCCGCUCUCCCAAUCCAUGUCCGUCCUGCCUACUUCAAAGCAGGACAGAGUGCUGCUGCGUCCUGGAGACUUCCCGUCCCGGUGGGACGGUGAUGACAAUGAGGACGAGUCCUCCUCCACCUCAGAUGUCCUGUCCCACAAGAGAACAUCCAGUGGAGAGCAUACACAACCGAACCAGACCAGCUUCAGCCUUCCCAAGAAAGAAGGGCUGUCCUUCCUCGGGGGCCUCCGGUCCAAGAAUGACUCCCUUUCGAGAUCUAACCUCUGUAUCAACGGGAAUCAUGUUUACAUGGAGCAGCCGGAGGUCAAGGGUGAGAUCCGGGACAGCAGCCCUUCGAAUUCCCCGUCCCCGCAGGGUUUCAGGAAGAAGCAUUUGUUCUUGUCCACUGAAAACCUGGCUGCCCGGUCUCCCAAGGAACCGGGGGAAGGAGAUGGCCUGACCUCUGACAGGCGACUGUCCGACUCUUCCACCAAGGAGUCUGUGAAGUCCAUGUCUUUGCCAUCCUACCGACCUCUGACCAGUGGAGAGAGUAGAGAGAGCGUGUCUCCAGCAAACGUGGAGGCUACCAAGGAGACAAAAGACAGCAAGAAGCAGGAGACCAAGAAGUCCUCUUUGCUUUCUCUGGUGACGGGCAAGAAAGAUGUGGCCAAAGGCAGCGAAGGCGAACCUCUCCCCACUGUCUCAGAGAAAGAGAAGGAAGGGAAAGCCACGCUCGUGGAAGCCCAGCUGGGAGAGGAAGAGCUCGGGAGAAGGUCUGAGAGAGAUGCUGUUCCUGUUGCCUCCCAGCGGGGCAACUCCCUGAACCCCUUUGAAGAUGUGCCGAUCUCAAACCCAGAAGCCGGCCCGGAGCCUAAGUCUGAACCAAAGCCACCAGUUCCCGCUGCAAGGACUCCCCAGACCAAAGCUGUGAAGCCUAGACUGAACGUCCCUCCAGCGGCUCAGCCCCAGGCCAGGCUUCCCUCCCCUGACUCUGCUCUCUUUCCUGCUCUUCCUUCUAGCUCUCCUCAGGCACCUGUCUUUUCAGAGACACAGUCCUCUGAAAGUCCUUCUGCCUCCUCUUCUUUCUCAUCUCCCCUGGCAGCUCCCAUCUCCACAUCUACUCCAAUUGAACACUGGCCCCCCACAGGCAAGGGGGAGGUCCAUUCUGAAGAACCUUCUUUGCUCCUCAAAGCAGUUUCUCAGAAGGAGAGUCUAACACCAGCUCCGAAUAGUGGUUCUUCUGCCUCAGGAUCGCCUUGCAAACUAAUUACCAUCCCAGUGCAGGAAGGGACGGAAGAGUCUUCAGAGGGCAAGACCAAGGAGACAGGCACCAGGACAGAAGGCCAAGGCCGCAGUGAUGAGUCAGGAAAUAACCCCAUGGGGCAGCACAAAGACCUCCUGAAGGCUCCUUUCCCAGAGCAGCACUGGGUCCCCUCCCCUGACGAGGCCCAGGAAGUGUCCUCUGUGCUUACACUCAGCAGUGGCAGCAUUGCGGACCCCGCUGAGAAGUCUCCCACAGCGAGAAACACAGACUCUGAGCAUCAGUCUAGGUCUUUUGUGGAGAACGAUCAGAACAGUGGAAUGACUUCUGCAGUCACAGAAGCGACGCCCCCUCUUCAGGAGGAAGAGGCGGCCUCCCCAUUUGGCAGCAUAGCACAGAAACUCAAAGAAACACUGAGUGCCAGUGGAGGUCAGAAGAAAGUCAAGAAGCGUGUGUCCUUUUCUGAACAGCUCUUUGUGGAAGGAGAAACUGAAAAACCCACCGAGCUUGAGGAAGAGGACGAAAGUCGUCCUCAGCAGCUGACACGUGAAGGGGCCGUUGCCGGAGCCGUGCCCGGUGAAGAGUCUCCGGAGUGUCCCCACACAGCAGGCACAGGGGAGGAACCUGUGACCACGGCAGCUUCUGAAAGCCAGAGUUUCUCAAAAGAUCCCACAAGUGAAGCCAGCCCAGCAAGGGGUACCCAACUCUUGAGGGUCGAGGAGAACGAUGGCUUCGUGACUCAGUAUCAGAGCAAAGCCAGCGAUCACGAAGGGCUGCUGUCCGACCCCCUAAGCGACCUUCCAUCUGCCUCUGACGUGAAAUCUCCUAUCGUGGCUGACCUGAACCUGUCUCUUCCUUCCAUUCCCGAAGUGGCAUCAGACGAUGAGAGAGUAGAUGAGGCCGGGGAUGGAGGAGGGGGAGCAAAGCUGGUUGGUCUAGAAGUGGGAGUUUCGCCCACGAACAUGUCACCUUCCUGUCUGGAGAAGGCACGUGGGUCCGUGCUCACGGAGAAUCGCCAUGACUUCAGGCCCGGAGCUCCCACGGCGGCUCCUUCCGAACAGACAGCAGCACUGGGAACUCCUGAGCCACCUCUGAGCAAGAGCUCCAGUGUGAAUAACCAGUUACCAGGCCCUGGGACUGUCGAGGAAGAGGAACUGAAGCAAAGUGGGAGGCCAGAUCCGCCUCUCGGCAUAUCCCAGGACCCUCCCGUGCCCAGCCCCUCGCCCUCUGAGACCUUUCCUGCUGCACGCUCUUUGCCUAGCUCUCCAUAUUCUGACAGUCACCACAGCAGUGUAGCGGAAUCUCCAAAAAAAGCAGCAACAGAGGGCCCCGCUGGUAAAGUUGAAACUGUUGGCAAGAAGAAGCCACUUCUACAAGCCUGGGUCACACCCUCAGAGAUCCACCCAGUCUCAGCUCCGCCAAGUGCUGGAGCUGGGGCAGCCAAGCACAGGCUUCAUCCCGUGAAGCCGAUGAACACAACACCCACCAAGAUUGGAAACCCUAGCUUGGGGACUGCUGCCAUCAUCAGUGAGAACCUGAUCAACGAAGCCAUUAUAAAGAAAUACCAGCCCUCGGACCCCGCCUUCGCCUACGCACAGCUGACCCACGACGAGCUGAUCCAGUUGGUCCUCAAACAGAAGGAAACCAUCAGCAAGAAGGAGUUUCAGGUGCGCGAGCUGGAAGACUACAUCGACAACCUGCUGGUCCGAGUCAUGGAGGAGACCCCCAACAUCCUCCGAGUGUCGACUCCGCUUGGCAAAAAGGCUGGAAAGAUGUGAAUCGCAGGAAGGAAACGGAGAUGUUUUGUGAGCUUGUUUCCACUACCUCUCGAGGUCAAGGGCAUGGUCUGCCUAGUAACCAGCACACAGUCAGUCUCCUGUCGCCGGUGUGCGUUGUCUGUCUGAGAGUUAAUUCUCCUAGAAACCAGGUUAAUGAUUACAAUGAAUCUUUUCUAUACAUUCCCAGCAUUUUAUUUUUAAAUGCCACUGUGCCUUUAACUAAGUUGUAAAUAUAAGGUUUGAUCCUGAGCCACCGAUUCAGGGGCCACCAUCGGAACUAAUGUAUUUUAAUACUGGGGUUGUCACCCUUUGAUACUGAGAUUUUCAAGUAUGUAUCCUCCGUGAAGCCAGGCUUAGGGUGCCAUCAGAAAGGGACUGUAUGGACUAUGGGCACUGUUUCACCUCCUUUCCUGGCCUCUGAGCGGCUCAGGUGUGGUAGAUGCUAAAUUUUUAUGUCCUAUAAACUUCUCAGACUCAAGGGUUGUUUUGGUAGGGUUCUUUUUUUUUUUUGGUUUUUCAAGACAGGGUUUCUCUGUGUAGCUUUGCGCCAUUUCCUGGAGCUCACUUGGUAGCCCAGGCUGGCCUUGAACUCACAGAGAUCCGCCUGCCUCUGCCUCCCGAGUGCUGGGAUUAAAGGCGUGUGCCACCACCGCCUGGCUUUUUUUUUUGUUUUUGUUUUUGUUGAUAGGGUUCUUGUUUGGGGGGCAUUGUUCUGAUUUAUAUAAGGCUGUUGUAUAGCCCGGGCUGGUCUUGAACUCACUGUAUAACUGAGAUUAGCCUUUUUCUGAUCUUCCUGCCUCCACUUCCCAAGUGAUGGGAUUACCGCCACCGUGUUGAGGCCUCUUGACUGGAGCACAGCUGUUUACAGAAAGCCUCCGAGCAUGCUUCUUAGACUUUGAACAAACUGCCUCUUCCAGUUCCUUCUCCCUUCUAGCCUUAAAAACACGCUCCUCGUGGGUGGGGAGAUACGGCUCAGUGGGUAAAGGGCUUGCACUGCAAGCCUGAGGAUCUGUUUGCAUUCCUGGCACCCAUGCAAAAAAGCCAGCAGGAGUGGCAGGUGCCUGGGUGGGGGAUGGGCUCAGAGAGGCGAGUGGGCAGAGACGGGCAGAUCCUAGGGGCUCACUGGCCAGCUGUUCUAGCCGAAACAGGGAACUCCGGAUUCAAUGAGGGACCCUGUCUUAAUAAGAUGAAAAGCUACCUUAAAUAAACCUCUGCCCUUCAUAUGCUCCCACAUAGGUGAGCACACCCCACACGUGUACAAAUGCGAGCGCGCUUGUGCGAUCUCUCUCUCUCUCUCUCUCUCUCUCUCUCUCUCUCUCUCUCUCUCACACACACACACACACACACACACACACACACACACACUCUGUGCGUUGUAGAUACAUAGGGCCAUGUCCCGGAGAUAUGAAGGAAUUAAAGAAUCACUUUUCAGGCUGGCUCAGCGGUUAAGGGAACUGGCUACUCUUCUAGAGGGACCCGGGUUCAAUUCCCAGCACCCACACGGUUGCUCACAACUGCCUGUAACUCCAGUUCCAGAGGAUCCGACACCCUCACGCAGACACACAUGCAGGCACAGCACCGGUGCACAUUCAAAGAAAACAAAAGUCCCUUGUCACUCGAGUAGGGGAAUGGUCAGAGUCCCUCCUCUCCAGCUAUCAGGGUUCCUGCUCCUCAGUUGGCCUCUCCGGUGCCUGGAGAGAGGACUAAGCGAUCCGGACACUUACUCCAACAGCCUGUGAGGUAGAGAAUGACGUUAGGAAGGGGCCUUGGCCAUGGCCAUGCUUCCAUUUGCGGGUCUUGGUGGCAGCCUUCCUAGAAGGGAGGAGCCAGAGUCCGCUAAUUCCUCAAGAUGAAGGCGCCGUGGGCCAGGGCUGGGUAAGCGCUCAGUAGUCCAGCGCUCGACACCCCCACACGCGCUUUUUGAUUGCUACUUCCUGAUCUGGGGGAGUUUCGUUGUUGCUGCUGUUUUGAGACAGGAUCUCACUAGCUUCAAACUUUCGUCCCUUCUGUCUUUCCAAAUACUGGGAUCACCAGUAUGUGUCACCAUGCCUGGUAGAUUGCUGUAUUUUUAAACUAGAUUUAUACAUAUAAAACUAUAUGUAUAGAUAUAUAGAGAGGUAGAUACAUAGUUAUAGUUAUAUAUAUUUAUAUAUAAACUAGAUUUAUAUGUAUCAAUCUUGUUUUAAAAUACAGCUAUAUAUAUAUAUAUUUUUUUUUCCCCCUUAAACUCAGUCCCAUUUUCACCAAUAGAGGGAAUUUCAUUGCUGGUCACCUCAUACUGGAAUUAAAAUGUUUCAUGUUGUUCAUUUUUCUCUUCUUGGUUGUAAUAAAAAUCUUGUGAAAUCUUAACAUCUCUGUUAGGGGAAGUCACGGGCCAGUGGAAUGGACAGGGUGGAGGUGGUGGUAGUUCCAAUGAAGAAUCUCUCUCUGUGUGUCCUUAUCAUCCUGAAGAUGAGGAGCAUUGCUUACACUGGAGCACUUUAAUCUGAAGGGCAAGACUGUAACUUGAUUUAUCUAAUUAGCUGUUAAUGAUUCACAACCAAUUUUAUUUAACCUCUCCUACAUAACUAGGGAGCACUGCAGAUUUCUGGGAUGAUGUGUAAUUUUUUUUUAGUACUGUGAAAUUCAUUAACAUGCCUAUAAAGAAAACUAUAUUCACUUGAACUCUGAAAAUGUACAUGUAUAUGUCUGUUCUGCAUCAUGGUUUUUUUUUUACUUGAUAAAAAGGCAUUUUUACUGUGAUAACCUAAGUACACGGGGGAGGAGGGGACUGGUUCUGGGAGGAGUCAGCCUUGAGAACUAACUGCCUUGUUAAUGAUGGGUCUGGAGGUCUCUGCUGCUACUAGGACUUUUGGUAUGCUAUUGAGUCAGCUCUAGAGAGGACCGUCUAGGUGGAGUGAAUUCCUGUGCUCUGAAAUGCCACUUGGGAACUCUGGAGAAUGUAGGGCAAUUGACUUCAAGGUCUUCACUGGAAAACAUUGCAUUUCUAACUUGGCUGUAGCUCACAAAUUAUAUAGAGGUCACACCCACUUAAUAACUGUUCUUGAAUAUGCAGUUGGGGGCUGAGGGAAGAUACCAAGGGAAGCUGAGCCUGGUGGCAGAGGUUGGUGAUGUGGAGAGCCCUGGAGCUCCUGAGGCUGGCCACUGGUUUGUGCCUGUAGCUGCCACCAAGGCCAGCGUGAGAGGCCCUGGAGGAGCCUGCGCUCUGGAAAAAGAGGGGCUUUUUCCUUACCCUUGCCUGGCUGCCUCCAGAAAGGCCAGCCAGGGUCUGAGGGGGCAUUGGAUUAAAUGCCAGCCAACUCUGAUUGGAGGUCAGCUUCCUAAGAACAGUCAGCCCUUGACCCAGUUGUUUCAUAUCAUCUCCUUGUUGGCUUUGUCGCGUGGACUGGCCUGGCUAUUUUAUUCCGGUAUGUUACCCUUACUUCCACAGCAGAAGGAAGGAGCGAGCAACCCUGCCGUGUGCCAUGCUCCACAGCUGGGCACAUGCAUGAGAGAUGAGCUGUGUGCUUCCAGCUUCUCAGUUCAUGGGGCGUCAAGAGAGGCUAUUCCAUGAUGCUUUGCCGAUUGCUCUAGUGAGGCCAGAGUUCUUCACACACACACACACACACACACACACACACACACACACACACACACACACACACACACAAACACAAACACCCCACCCGGGUUCUUCCAGCCCACCUUUUUUUCUUUCCCUACUUUCCUGGUGCUGGGGAUUAAACCCAGAGUCUUGUGCACAUCAGUCCGGUGCUCUGCCACUGAGUUAUCAAGUACUGGAGAAUGUAGGGCUGGACCCCCCCACCCCACUUGGUGAUGUUUUAUCUUUGUUUUUUUAGGCAGGUUCUCAUGUAGCCCCGAUUAACCUUGAAAUGGCUUUAAGGGCUACUGAUGACCUUUAACUCCUAAUCCUCCUGUCUCCACUUUCCAAGUGCCGGGAAUAGCAGUAUGCUACCACCCCCAGUUUUUUUUUUUUUUUUAAUGGUGGGGGUGGCGGGUUAUUGAUUGAGGAUCCUUCAAGACUAAAAAUCCGUCAGUUGCCUUAGAUGGGAAACAUGAACCCACACCAACCCCAACUCUGGAUUCUCCUACCUACUCUGUGAGCUACUAAAUUGGCUUUCCUCUCUCUCCAGCUGAAGGCUCAAUGGUUUUUUUUUUUUUUUU